AUGUCCAAAACAUUCACCCCCGCCGACGUCGCAACCCACAACACCCCUGACAAGGGCCUGUACAUCAUCGUCGACAGCGCUGUCUACGACGUGACAAAGUUUGUCGACGAGCACCCUGGUGGCGCGAAGAUUCUGAAGCGUGUCGCGGGCAAGGAUGCCACGAAGCAAUUUUGGAAGUACCACAACGAUGGCGUGCUCAAGAAGUAUGCGCCGAAGCUGAAGGUUGGAGACGUCAAGGAAGGGGCGAAGCUGUGA